UUUUUUUAGACACGUGAUACAGUAGGUGACGUCAUUUCGAACGCGUUGGAUUUGCCGCGAGAGAAACUGAGAGUGGCGGUGUUGAGCUGUCAAUCAAACCGAAAGUAAAAGACCCUAUAUAUAUAAACACACUGAACACACAUCAUAACUAGUCUGAGCCUUUAACUCUAGUCGUUUAUCUUCAGCCACAGCGGUUCUGUCUUGCCUGUGCAAACAUGGGCAACUAUUUCUCUCAGAUUUUCUCUCGUCUCUUUCCGAAAAAGCAGAUUCGGUUGCUUAUGGUUGGUCUGGAUGCAGCAGGGAAAACAACAGUGCUCUACAAACUCAAACUCGGUGAAGUUGUCACAACUAUUCCAACUAUUGGUUUUAAUGUUGAAACAGUUGAAUAUAAAAACAUCUCCUUCACUGUGUGGGAUGUUGGUGGUCAGACCAAAAUCAGAGGUCUUUGGAAAUAUUAUUAUCAGUACACUGAGGUACAAUACAAACACGACUGUAUCCAGUAUGAUUUUGCGGUUAUAUUAUUGUGUGUUUGUGUGAUUCAGGGCCUGAUCUUUCUGAUCUCUCUCUCUCAGUGGUUUGUUCAGGCUACAUGUGCGGUUCAAGGGUCAGGUUUAUAUGAAGGACUGGAUUGGCUCUCAGAUCAACUGUCCAGACGACCGUAAUGCUGGAACUUUAUUUUUGGGUUUUUGUGACCUGAUACUUCAAAACUAAUAGAUACUGUAAUUGAAUGUAACAGCCUCCAGUUGUUUAUUAUCUCAAAAUAAUUUUUAUGUAUUGAUAUUAAAUCAAAGCGGUGCAUUUUAUAUUGAGAGGUUACUUAAUUUUUUAUUUAAUUCUUGUUCCAUGAACCCUGAAAGAAAAAAACACUUUGAAAGACUUAUUUUAAUAUGUUUUUGUUUAAUCUGGACUUU